UUUCUUGCAUUCAAUUUCCAUGCCUAUAACAGUUGAAGCAUUUCGGAAUCGAAAGCAAAAGUAGAGGGGUGAACACCAGUAAAGUUCUCGACAACGUCUAUAGCAUUCAUCUUAAGUUGAAAAAUGCAAUCUACACCAUACAACUUAAGGACACCUCAAACAGCCACACCUAGGGAUCCAUUACCAAGAAGAAGAUCGCCAAGACAACAUGCUAAGCAGAACACUUCUUAUGAUUUUGAGUCUGAGGAUGAGAAUGGUACUGAUGUAGAGGAAGAAAGUAUGGAUACAACCUGUUCACCUUACAAGUCUGAUAAAUCAUCAGUACAUAGAAGCUUAGAUUCAUCUAAAGAAGAUACUCCUGAAAAAGGUAGAAAAACACCACAAAAUAGACAUAAUAAAAGUGGAGAUAAAAAGCAAUAUGGUGAUGAGCAAGAUUCACCCGAUUCUAUCAAAACACAAAAACUGGAAACAUCUAUAAAUAAAGUCAAAUCAGAAAAGAAUAACAGUGCUAUUCGUGGAUCUAAUUUACUUUUUGUUGCUUGUUUUUUGGUAAUUGUUGGUGUUGUAUGCUUUCACAUAAUGAUGUCAGAUGAAAUUACAUCCAUACCAAAUAAUCAUAAUUUACUAGAAAACUUUAAUGCUGAUAUGAAAGCCUUUCAGUCAAUGUUUCCAGCACAGACUAAAAGAUUUUUAAAAAUAGUAAGAGUCAGUCUUAAAAGGAUUAUAGUAGAAAUCAAUCCAGAUUACCCUGCUAUAUUGUUAUUGGUGGUGCCAUCUGGCUCAAAAGCAUCAGCAACUGGAACAUGCAUAGCUAAACAGUUAACCAAAAGUAUGAAUUCAUUGUUUAAUGUGACCUCUGCAAGGGUAAUAAAUGUUCCAAAUGAUAUAAGACAUAAAAAUGCAGAUGAUGAAAAGAAAGAUUUAGACAAUAAGAUUAAAGAUAGUUUUGAGAAUGAACAUAUUAGGAGUCUGGCGGUUGAUCACUUUGAGCAGCUAUCUCCUAGAGCUUCACUUCUCUUUCAUGGUUACUGUGACGGCGAUAAUGCUCCCUUUAAAAAUGUAGCUAUAGUAUUUGUACUUCAUACAGAGUUAGAUAAGAAUUUACUUCAGCAAGAUUCCAGGUUAAUAGAUAACCACUUGAGAGAGUUGUGGUCUAGAUCUGAAUAUCCAUUAGAUCAAGAUAAAAUCGAUCCGUUAAUAGCAAGAGUUGCUAAUAAUGCUGCAGUGAUAACAGAAGAAGAAAAUUUGAAAUGUUAGCAAUUGAAAAACUUAAAUUUGUCUAAAUUCAUUUGCAGACCAAGGCAUCACUUGUCUAAUUAACCAUAUUUUUGUGAGAGAAAAAAACAUGACUUCACUAGCCGAGGGUUUUAAUCCAGUCAGAUCUAUCCCUUGGCUAGCAAGAAUGAACACAAAACAAUUCCAUAAUGUAUUGUAUUUAUUUAUUUGCAUAAAAACGUACACUAAUGCAAAUAUAAAUACAUAUAUAAAUGUGAUGCGAAAGAAUGUAUAAGUAAAUGUUAUUAUAUCAAAUAUAAAAUGUUCACUUUUGAUUUGCAAAUGUCAAUUUCUGUUCCCUGUGACAUUUCUCCAUUAUAUAUAUAGGUAAUCCAAACUAAAUGGCAGUAACAAUCUUGUAUUUGAAUUGGUGACUGAACAGACUUAUAUUUUAAAAGGUAGAAAAGUUCAAUACCCAACCUAAUGGUCAGAAGUAAAAUCUUGGUUACAUCAAUUUCCUUGAUAUCUUUUCAAAUAUAUAUAAGUGACUGAAUUUCUGAAUAUUUGAUCAUUUAUUUUAUUAAAAUACUUUUUCAAAAGAGCCCUGGUGUUUGAAAUAUUUAGGGGAAAUUGGUAAAAGAAUUAAUGUUAG